AUGAAGUUGUACUCAUCCAAAAGUCGAUGCUCGACACUAUCAGCUGCUUGGAUCGCCUAUGCGGUACCUCAUUCGACUAGCCUUGCUUUGAAAUCCAACUUCUCGAGAGCCCAGUUCCUGUCGGCUGGAGCUGCGAGUUUUGUUACUGCAACCAGUGGCCUCGCUACGAAUGCCGAGUCUUGCGACGCCAUGGACAAAAUAAAGACACAAGGAACUAAGAAUCCACGAUACAUUGAGAAAGAGUUGGAGAUGAAAUACGCUGAUGGUCCAGAUGGUAAUCCAAGAAGUAGAGGAAUCUUGGUUCGUCGCUUUACUGGUGAUUCGACUCCAUACUCGUUUCCGGUUUCUCCCAUUCGUUUGGUGAAAGAAUGGCCCGAAAAAACACCCUUUCGUCCAGAAGAUUUUCAGAGAGCCGACAGCCUUGAUGAUUCGAGUUUCUACACCAUCCCACGAUUGGUGUAUCAUAUCGACGAGCCUGCUGUUGCUUCGCUCACACAAUAUUAUCGAAAAAACAUACCAAAAGGUUCGGCAAUAUUGGACAUAUGCGCGAGCUGGGUAUCCCAUUUCCCACUAGAAUUUCCCGAUACGAUGUCGAAAAUAUGUGCUACGGGUAUGAACGCUUUGGAACUAGGAUUUAACGAUCAGCUAACUGGUGGAUUCAAGGACAAAGACCUGAAUGCAGACCCUACCCUUCCAUAUGAUGAUGCGUCUUUUGAUGUUGUGACUUGUGUUGUGAGUAUCGACUAUUUGAUUGAACCAGUCAAGGUGCUCGAGGAAGUCUGCAGAAUUUUAAAGCCAGGUGGGAAAAUUAUCAUCAGCCAAUCCAAUCGCUGUUUCCCAAGCAAGGCCAUCAGUAUGUGGCUUCAGAUGAACGAUCGACAGCAUCUUGAGUUGAUCAAUGGUUAUUUUCAAUAUGCCGGAGGCUUUAAAGAGCCUAGAAAAGCAUUUGAUAUCACAGCAACUCAACCCGACAACUCCUAUUGUGACCCAAUGUUCAUCAUAGAGGCUGUGAAGGCAUAG